AUCCUGCAUAUGUGUUCUUGCUAUAGGUGUGCACGCUCCAGGCUGGCCUGACAAAUAAAGCAACAAUUGCAGAAGAGGGUGUUCAUCUUUCUGUAUAGCAGAAGAAUUCUACAAGCUCAGCAGCAGUAUUACAGCUGAAGCAAGCAGCAGAACAAUGCCACCUGCAAGACAACUUCUUACCUGAUAGGAGGGCUGUCUUGUGUACAAACUGGCUUCUGUUGAAGGUGCUAGGCUGGAUCACAUUAGCACUUAAUGUGCAGGACACCUAUCUCUAACAAAUUGCUCAUCCAAGAUAUGUAUAGAGUUUUUUUUUUAAGUGGGCCAGUAGUUUGAAUGAUGACCUUGGACUGCAAAUUUUAACUAGCCUUCUGAAACCAAUGGAAAUGUACUAGUGACACAUUCAAUAACUACAGUGCCUGUUCAGUGAAAACCUGUUUGUUUAGCUUAAAUAAGAGUAAAAAGUCUAGUCUCUGCACAGCUCUGUGGGUUUUUGUGCAUAUUGCAAAACCACUUAAUUGACAGGCUGCUUAGGAAAGGCAUAGGGCUGGGGCAGCACAGGCUGUUGCAAGUCAGGAUUUUAGUGUGAGGAGGAAAUAAAGCACUCCACAUAAUACCAGUCCUCAGCAGGAACGGUACAUUACCUUCCAAAGCAUCUGCUCACAGCCCUGGCUAACCAGUACCUCCUUUGCAAAUACCAAUUUGAUUUGAACAAUUGAUAGUUAAUUAUGCUGUGCCUUUGUAUUCAGGCUGGCCCUAUCAUCUUUAUCACAGUUGAGUUUGCUGAAGCAUUUAUCAAGUGGCUAUUCUCUGCUGUGAUUAUAUUAUCUGAGUAAUUAUAGGGAGGGUGUAUAAUAAGCCCUAGCUCUUACAUAGGGCUUUUAUCAGUAAAUUUCAAAACCUCUUACAAAGGAGGUCAGAGGUGAAGUAACUUGCUCAAGGCCACCUAGCAGGCUACUGGCUAAUCUGGGAAUAGAAACCAGAGCUGUCCACUAGGCAACACUACCUCUUUAGCUGGAAAUGUUCUAUGCGUGAAAUAAGUCCAUGAGUCUGAUUAAUUUCUGUAAAAAGUUACUUUGAUUAUAAUAUGGAAGCUUUAUAGUUUUAUUGCUGUGUCCACCUUGCUACCGAAGAGCAGUGUUUUGGUGCCAUCUUUUCAGAUAACACUUUGCCUUUACCACUCUUCUGUUUUGCUGUAAUACUGUACAUAGUUCUUGUUUUAAACAUCUUUCUAGCAAUACAAAUGUGACAACUGCCUUGCAUAGAUAGCAUUUGUUAAGAACUCUUUAAUUGUAAAUUGUGGGUGAAGCUACUGUAGAUUAGUAGUGUUGGGAACUGUUUGGUUAAAAGUAAAAUAGCCAACAGGAGUGUCUUCUCAAAGAGCAGGAUACCUCUUUAAGGGAUAUGAGCACCUGGUUUAUAAAGGCCACAAAAGCUAGGCCAGGAAUCUCUUAUCACCCUUUCUCCAGAAAGACACCUCAGUUUUAACCUUGCACAAAGAAUGCUAGACGUACUCUAGUUGAAAAGUGUGGGUUUUUUUUUUGUUGUUCUUUUAGUAGGCACUCUAAAGUCUGUUUAAUGUUAAGGAAAUACGUAAAAAUGGGAAUUUUUGUUGAUUACUUCUACAGGUUUCUACUACAGUGGUUAGAACCUUUCUAAUUCCUUAAAUGCCUAAGGUGGUGUAAACUCUUUUUGUGAUGGUCAUUUGCAAACACUUUAUCUACAUGCAAGUAUGUAAUGCAAUAACUUUCUUAUAGCACUGUUACAUAACAUCUCACUAUUCAUGUAUGAAUAUAAAAUCAAGUAAUCUUGUUAUAACUGGUUACGACUACAAGAAGCUAUUUGACUAUAAAAUGUUUAUAUUAAUUAGGUAUCUGGCAGUGCUUAAGAAACUUUCUUACCAACCUCUGAGAAAAGAACCACAUAUUCAAGUAUUUAGACUACGCUGCCUUUGACCAUUUUAAGUUUAGACUCUGUUUAAGAAUUACCUAAAUUUAAAAAGACUAUUUGAAAGCAGAGCAAAUUUUAAAUAGAAAUGGGUUUGGAGCAAUUUGAAACAAAUUCAGGUAUUAAACCUUGAUGAAUAUCUCCAAAUGAGCUAAAUAGUUGACUGUCAAUGGCACUGUUUUCCAUCAGAGACAAAAGCUAUAUAACCAGGAUGUUGAAGAUUUACAACUUUGCUGUGUAUGUAUUAUCAGGUUGCAUAUUCAUGAAAUGAAGAUACAACUAGGACCAUCCUAUAAAGGUGUUGAGCUGGUAAAAGUGACAAGAGCUGAUAUUUGGAUCCUGCCAAGCCCCUGAAAGAGAGGGGUCUUCCACCUUGAGUGAGACUAUGGAAGACUCUCUGAAUUGAGAUACCAACUCAACACACUCCUGUUCAUUUCAUCUCCAAACAAGCAAAAGGUAAACAAGCCAUCACACACCAUGGAGAAGAACCAACUCCUUAUUCCAGCACUGUUUCUGCAAUGUGAUGACACCACCAAGACUUCAGCAUCAUUGCCACAUUUACUGCACUGGGGACCUCCUGAAGCAGGUCCAGCUGGGCAGGCUCUUCUCAGAUGACAAACACUUCGUUGACAUGCCGUUGCGGGAGUCUCCAGAACUAGUUCUGAAGAAGUUUCAGCAGCUAGUGAAUGUGACUCCAGGGGGGAUAUUGUCCAAAGAGCAGCUGCAACAGUUUGUGAGCUCAUCCUUCAAUGACCCUGGACAAGAGUUUGAGCAAUGGGAACCUCAGGACUGGACGAGCAGCCCCCAGAUUUUAGCCAAGAUUUCUGACCAGAAACUCCAGGCAUGGGCAUCGGAUCUGAAUGCCAAGUGGAAAUCCCUAGGGAGAAAGAUCAAAGAUGACGUUAGGACUCACCCGAUGUUUUACUCUCAGAUUUAUGUGCCGCACCCUGUGAUAGUGCCCGGUGGCAGGUUCAUUGAAUAUUACUACUGGGAUUCCUACUGGGUGAUUGAAGGGCUGCUCCUCUCUGAAAUGGCAGCCACAGCCAAGGGGAUGAUACAGAACUUCCUGUAUCUGGUGGAAAGGUAUGGGCACAUCCCGAAUGGAGGGCGAGUCUAUUACCUAUGCCGGAGCCAGCCACCUUUCCUCACUCUGAUGAUGGAUGCCUACCUGGUCCAUGCCAAUGACACAGAGUUUCUCAGGGAGAAUAUCCAUCUGCUGGAGGUAGAGUACGAGUUCUGGCAGAGGAAUCGGUCUGUGAGCAUCACAGUUGGGGACAGGAAUCAUACUCUGAACUACUACAAUGUCCAGAUCGGGGAGCCCAGACCAGAGUCCUACAGUAAAGACUGGGAGUUGGCAAGUGACUUAAAUGAAGAUGCCAGGCAGGAGCUCUGGGCAGAGCUAAAAUCAGCAGCAGAGUCAGGCUGGGACUUUUCCUCUCGCUGGUUCCUUUCCUGGCCCCCCCCACUCCCUGCGACACUGAAGGAUACCAAAGCCAGGGCUGUAGUGCCAGUGGAUCUGAAUGCCUUUCUGUGCAAGACCGAGCACCUGCUGGCCUCAUUCUACAGGAUACUGGGAAACACCACGAAGGCUGCCCAGUUCCAGGCCGCUCUGGAGUGCAGGCUCGAGGCUGUCCAAGCUGUCCUCUGGAAUGAGGCUGCUGGAGUCUGGCUGGACUUCAACCUCCUGAAGAAGCAGCCAAACCCAGCCUUCUACCCCUCCAACCUGGCACCCCUAUGGACUGACUGCUUCUCAGACCAGGCUGCAGCUGAGAGGGCAGUGCGGUACUUAGAGGGGAGCACAGUGCUGUCCUACAAGAAUGGGCUCCCUACCUCACUAUUCAGGACUGGGGAGCAGUGGGAUCUGCCCAAUGCCUGGCCUCCACUGCAGCAUAUGGUGAUUGCAGGUUUGGCCAAGUCCAGCUCCUCGAGAGCCAAAGAAAUUGCCUUUGACCUGGCCCAGAACUGGGUCAGAACCAACUUUGCCUUAUAUAAGAAGUACCAGGCCAUGUUUGAGAAGUACAACGUGGAUGGAGAUGGGAAGCCAGGGACAGGAGGGGAGUACCAAGUCCAGGAGGGAUUUGGCUGGACCAAUGGUGUAGUCCUGCAGCUCUUGGAUCUCUAUGGCGACCGCCUGACUUCUGGCUCCCCCUCUACCCUCUUCAGGGCCUGGAUUGUUGCUGCUUGUCUCAUCGUCCUUGACCUGAAAUGGUAGGGGAAGUGGUUUGGGCUCCCAGCCCAUUAUGUACUGAACAGUACCUUGGCCUUGUAACCAGUUAGGGAAGUGUGUGUGUGGGUGGUUGGGGGAGGGGAGGCAUUCAUCGGGGCAGCCACCUCUUUCUCUAUCUGCUGGGACAGCGAAGCAGCCACAGGUGAACAAUAGCUGUUACUAAAGCCCUGUGCAUGCAGCCCUACUGAGCCCCCUACCUGCAAUUCUCUCAUGCUUUUGCUGUUUCAUUAAACUGGUUGUUGCUGUCAUGCCUGCCUUGGUGGUUACUGGGAUAAAUGGGGCCUGAUUCUGGUGGAGGUCUGUGCUGAGGCCCCACAUCCCCUAGUCUCAGGACAGAGUGUAGAUGUAGGGGCUGGGCGUAAUGGUCCCUGAUCCCCCUGGUGUUGAUAGCCAUUGCACAGGUGACAUCCCUGAGAGUGUGUUUGUUGUUUAUCCCCCAGGGGCCCAGCUCAUUGCCCACCACCGAUCCUUUUAUCCCUUCAUUCUCACAUUCCCUUUGUGCCACCCAUCCACAUCCCCCUCAUUCAGAGAGAUGUAUAAAUAGUUCAACUUGUAGAGUU